AUGACGGAAACUACGCGUCAGCUAGUGGGACUUCUUGUUGGAGCGGGUUGCCAAUUUUCUGACUACUCGGCUUUACCCAGAGCAACCGAUACAGAGCCUUCCUACCGUCUGGAAUUAGAUCCUGGACUCGGAAAGGGUAUUUACAUGGUAAAAUUCUCGUACUUUAAUCUUCCCGAAGAAGAUGUGCUGAUAUUGCGAGCAUCUGAUGCCACAAAAACAUUAACACCCAUUGCAGCUUUGUCGGGAAAGAACGCGACAGGCAAAUUCUUCUCGACUGGAAUUGUUGGAACUGGCAUUGUGCUCGAGCUUGUAAAAGCUACAACUUCUAUCAAUUCGACAUCAUGCAGAGGAUUUACAGUAAGCGAGCUACUUUAUUUUCCGUUCAAACUAGUGGCAGAUGCUCACGUGGAGCUUGAAAUGACUCUAAAACGAGCAUCUGAUGGGACAAAGUCAAUUGGCAAUGACAACGACGAGAGUGUAUGCGGUUCCGAUGAAUCAGUUGAGGCUGCUUGUGCCAUUGUUUCUGAUAAAAAGGAAGAAGGAGCAACUAUGUUGGCUAAAGCCCGAUCUGUAGCUCGUUUAUCAAUCAUCAAAGAGAAUGGCAUGCAAAUUGCUUAUUGUACUGGUUGGUUAAUAGGCUGCGAGGGACACUUAAUCACGAACGAGCAUUGUAUCAGCAAUAGUCAAGAUGCGCUUAAUACCAAAGUUGAAUUUUUGGCUGAAUCUUCGACCUGUAGUAUCAAAGAGAGUUGUGAAACUCGUGGUGGAUGUCCCGGACCUGUUGAUGUGGCAGGCACGACACUUGUAGCAGUGUCGGAAGAUUUGGAUUAUGCACUUGUCCGACUUGGCAUUAACGAUACGAAUGCAGAUUUCUUAAGACUGUACAAUAAGACUGGAUUUCUGCAAUUUCGUGGCUCAAAAGCAAAGAUGAAUGAAAGUAUUUACAUUCCACAUCAUCCAUUAGGCUUUGGUAAGCGUAUAUCGUGGCUUUAUAAUGGCCAACCCGGUCGUGUCGAGUCGCUAACUGUGACAAAAUGCCGCAAAGAUGAUAUCGGCUACUACAUUGAUACUCAAGAAGGUACAUCAGGCUCGCCGAUUAUUGCGAAAAAAGACAAUGAUGUCAUUGCGUUGCACCAUUGUGGAGGCUGUUUGAAUGGUGGAAUUCCUGCUCCGUUAAUUAUCAAAGACCUGAUUAAAAAAAAAUUGCUGCCGAAGUGUGCCGUCGCGGGGCAUAACAAAACUACUAAAACAUCUUAG